GAUUUCUGUCAGGAUGGCUGCGGCUCCGGCGGCCCAAAACCUCCUGCAGUUCUUGCGGCUGGUGGGGCAGCUCAAGAGAGUUCCACGGACUGGCUGGGUAUACAGAAAUGUAGAAAGUCCAGAGAGUGUAUCAGAUCACAUGUACAGGAUGGCAGUUAUGGCUCUUGUGACCAAAGAUGAACAUCUUAACAAAGACCGAUGUAUACGUCUAGCCCUCGUUCAUGAUAUGGCAGAAUGCAUCGUUGGGGACAUAGCACCAGCAGAUAAUAUUCCCAAAGAAGAAAAGCAUAGGCGAGAAGAGGAGGCGAUGAAGCAGAUAACACAGCUCCUACCAGAGGAUCUCAGAAAGGAGCUCUAUGGACUUUGGGAAGAAUAUGAGACCCAAUCCAGUGCAGAAGCCAAGUUUGUGAAGCAGUUGGACCAGUGUGAGAUGAUUCUUCAAGCACAGGAAUAUGAAGCCCUGGAGAACAAACCUGGGAGACUGCAAGACUUCUAUGAUUCCACAGCAGGAAAAUUCACUCACCCUGAGAUAGUCCAGCUUGUUUCUGAACUAGAAUCAGAAAGAAAUUCUGACAUAGCUGCCAUGGCUCAUAAGCCCAACUCCUGAGAUGAUUCUCCGUGUUGCUUUACUCUUGUAAUAAAUAUUUUAUUUUUCUGUUUCAA